UUGCCGGAAAUCGGAACUGUCGGAAAUUGGGAAUGGCUAUAAAGUCGGAACUCGGAAUUCCGAUUUACCUCUGGUUAGAAGGAUAAUAUUGGGUAAGAAAAGCUGUCUAAGAGAUGUUUUCUAUUUAGGAUACUUCUCACUAUUAGGUACAAUUUUUUCAGACAUGAGGGAGAGGGCAGAGGUGGGUCGGAAUUCCGAUUUCCGUCUUCCAAUUUCCGAAAAAAAUUUCCGAGUUCCGAGUUCCGAAAAAAAUUUUUUGAUUUCCAAGUUCCGACUUUUGAGCCAUUUCCAAUUUCCGACAGUUCCGAUUUCCGGCACCUCUGACUUUUCCGACCCACCUCUGGGAGAGGGGGAGGGGGUAUUUAAAAAUGGUGCUUUUAGUUGGAGUAAAGACAAGCAAUUAAGACGAGAAACAACUUGUGUGGAUAUUGAUCCAAUAAAUAAAAAUUUGAAAGGAAAACAAAAAGUUGUAUUAAAGGAUUGUGUAAAAAGUCAAUUAAUACAAUUUGAACAUUUUAAAGGAGGACUUUUACGACAUUUAAAUAGCGGUCUUUGUUUGGAUAUUGAAGGGCUAAAUUCUGGAGAUGAUAUUUAUUUUAAUAUUUGUGAUGAAACGGUGGAAAGUCAAAAAUGGGUGUUUUAUGGAAAUUAUUUUUAA